UUUGUUGACUAUAUUUUUUUUUAUUUAACAAUAUAAAAUGAAAUCCAUAUUAACUAAUUUUUAAAAUACAAAGUUGCGGUACGGUACGGUAUUACCAUGGUAUUGAAGAUACAAUACCGCUACCGUACCGUAAACUAAUGGUACGGUACCAAUACCGUGCCAAAUGUUAUUGGAAACCGAUAGCGGUAUUUAUUCGGUAAUUUUUGAUAGGUAUACCGUGGUAAUCAGUAUUCGGUAAUUUUUUUCCAGCCCUACCUUAAACUAUUGGGGCAAGAGCUUUACGAUGACUUGUCCUCUAACAUCGAAUUCUUGUGGUCGUUGUUUAUUGCCUAGACUUCUCAAGGCAAAGCCCGACCUAAGUCGGCUUGUUCCUCCCAUGACUUAGCUACCAAGUUUAGAAACCCAGUGGGAAGCCCAAAGGCCAGCUUUCAUUUUCGUACAAAUUCAGCGAAUAAAUUAAUACCUCUGUUGCGCCUGCGUUGCCACCGCCGUCGCCGCCGCUGCCGGUGGAGAUGGUGUGGGGAGAAUCCGUGUUGUCGGCGUACCCAGCGGUGGGUCCCAGUUUGGAAUACUCUCCGACGGCAGGAUGGUACCCGCCGGAUCCAUCGUGCCCUACGACGACGGUGGCGGUGGAUGGAGGUGGAGGAUAUUAUCCACCACUGUUAGGGUAUGCGCCGGAUAGUGAUCCAACACCAGGUGGCUUUCCUCUGCCGCCUUUUUACGGCUAUGCUCCCCCACCGCCUGGUUAUGGUUAUACACCGCCGCCUGUUUACGGCUACGCUCCUCCACCGCCUGGUUAUGGGUAUGAUCCACCGGCGCCGCCGUCGAUGCCUGAUUAUAGGUAUACCCCACAGCCGGACUUGGUUAUCCGCGCACCGAAUAGCGUGACAUACAACGUCAUUAUUCAUUGCUUGUUGAAGAAGAAAUAACUUGACAAGGCAAUGCCAUUCUUAGAGGAACGGCACAAAAGGGGAUUCUCAGCCGAUGCAGCUACCUUGUCCGUGUUAAUUAAUCACCUGCAAGUAUAUAACAAAGAUGUUCUUCUGCUGGAAACGAUUAAGAAAGUUGUACCAAAAAUAUAAAUUAUUUAUUGGGUAAAUUACAACCACCACUGAGGUAUGGUCAAAUUAUGAAAAAACUUCUC